AUGGAUAUAGUCGGACUUUGUUUCCCAUUAAUUGGCAUAGCUACAAAACUUGCAAGAGAUGCUUAUAAAGCUUCUGAAGAAGCACGUUAUACCAAGAAAAUAUGUCUAUCGUUAUCUGAUAGACUGGAAGCAGGAUCACGUGCUUUGGAAGAUUUAUAUAGACAUCGAGAAGAAAAUAUUGAUUUUCAAGAAAAUUUCAGAAGUACAAAGUUUAAUAGAAAAAGAAUUUGA